GCACCGCGCGCGCACACACACACUCACACACACACACACAUAGCUUGAGUGCUUAUUGAGUCAAGUGCGAGUCCGACCGAGGGAGCGGGCGCGAGCGGUUGAGUGGGAUGCAAUGGAACCAUGAGACUGAAUGCUGAGAGAAUAUUAGGAUUGAUAAACAAAAAAGUUAAAAAAUGAUUCUCACGAGUAAAUGAAAUCGGUUGCCGGAAGGGAUUAAUGUAUUGAGGAAAGGACUUUAGGGAUGUGUCCUUUUUUUUGUUUUUAGGAGAGGAUGUUCUCAACGUUGUUUAGCAAGAAACAUCCUCGCCACUCAAAAGGAAGAUGCACCGUAAGGAGGCGACGCUGACAUCCCCGGGGGGUCCUCAGACCUGAGACUGCCCUUCGCCCCCCCUGCCCAGACCCUCUCACGGACGCAGUCUCUUUUAAUGGUUUGCGCUGGCCACCGCUGCCCUGAUUACUGCUCUGACAAACACAGCCUGAUGAUCAGUGGAGCCAUGGGAGCGGUGCGAGUUAACAGGUACAGCAUCGUAGCCACCGAUGAAGACCACUUCAAGAUUUCCGCCCUGGGCCUCCACAAUGGCCACGAUACGUUACAGCACACCCUGAGCGGGAGGGGAACAGGAGGGGGCGAAGUUGGUGGAGGGGGCGAUGGGGGAGCAGGAGCAGGCAGCUCGUUGGCCCUGCGAGCGACAGAGUCCUCCCGCAACGGCCGGCGGAUCUCCACGGCAGGGCCCAGCCGCCUUCGGAGCCGCUUUGUCAAGAAGAAUGGCCAGUGCAACGUGGUCUUCCACAACAUGGAGGACAAGACCAAGCACUACCUGGCCGACAUCUUCACUACCUGUGUGGACAUCCGCUGGCGCUACAUGUUCCUGAUCUUCACAUCCACCUUCCUGCUGUCCUGGUUCCUCUUUGGCGUGGUCUUCUGGGGCGUGGCCCUGGCCCACGGAGACUUUGACCUCCACGCCGGCCUCGGAGAUGGCCCUCUGGCCGGUACGAAGGGGGGAGGGGCGGAGUGGAAGCCCUGCAUCCUCCAUGUCCAGGGCUUCAUCGGGGCCUUCCUGUUCUCCAUCGAGACCCAGACCACCAUCGGUUACGGGUUCCGUUGCGUCACUGAGGAGUGUCCGGUAGCGGUUGCGACGGUCGUCCUCCAGUCCAUUGUGGGCUGCAUCAUUGACUCGUUCAUGAUCGGAACCAUCAUGGCCAAGAUGGUCCGCCCCAAGAAGCGAGCCCAGACCUUGCUGUUCUCGCACAACGCCGUCAUCUCCAUGCGGGACGGGAACCUGUGCCUUAUGUGGCGGCUGGGCAACAUGCGGAAGAGCCACAUCGUCGAGGCUCACGUCCGGGCGCAGCUCAUCCGGCCGCACGUCACCGCCGAGGGUGAGUACCUCCCCAUGGAGCAGACGGACAUCGACGUGGGCUAUGACGAGGGCCUGGACCGCCUGUUCCUGGUGUCGCCGCUUGUCGUCGUCCACGUGAUCAACGAGAGCAGCCCCCUGUACUGCAUGAGCCGCGCCGACCUGCGGACGGAGGACUUUGAGAUCGUGGUGAUCCUGGAGGGGAUGGUGGAGGCCACGGCCAUGACGACCCAGGCCCGCAGCUCCUACCUGGCCAGCGAGAUCCUGUGGGGCCACCGCUUCGAGCCCGUCAUCUUCGAGAAGGAGCAUCGGUACCAGGUGGACUACUCCCGCUUCGGCAAGACCUAUGAAGUGCCCGGUACUCCCGUUUGCAGCGCCAGGGAGCUCCGGGAGAUGGCGGGCCGAUCCCGGUCGCCCUCGUCCCCCUCUGUUUCUGACUCCACCCAGUCGGUGUCACCCCUCCACCUCAUGCCCCCGCACUCCCCCAGCGCCUUCUGCUACGAGAACGAGGUGGCCCUGUGCUGCGGGGAGGAGGAGGAGGACCGGGAGGAGGUGGAGGAGAUGCUGGGGGGGAGGGAUGACGGGGAGGGGGAGGAGCGGGACCUCCAGCUCGACAUCUUCCGGGAGAGGUUUCAGGAGCAGGCGGCGGUGGACAUGAGCAUGCUGUGUGUUCUGGACAUGGACAGUCAGAUUGACAGGCUGCAGCCGUCUAUAGCCCUCGACGCACUCGGUUACAGGAGGGAGUCGGGAGUGUAGUGCCAACCGAGUCUGGACGAGCCAGGCUAUGCUUGGCUUGCCUGGUGGCUCAUCCUCCAUGGCUUCUGGAAACGGCGGUGAACAGGACAAUGUGAAAGGAAAUAACCCCGGAGCCAGCAAAUGAUUUGGGUCCCCUGUUGUGUGAGUCAGGCAUUGGAGGCUGUCACGUCUUCUGUCCAGAUUUAAAAAUGUGCCCUAGCUACGGUUUCUCUGCUUUUACUGCUCCCAACCAAAGUCCUCAGAUAGAAAGAUGUUAGAAAGAAUCAAAACCCUUCUGCAGCACAGCAACAAAGAAAGGUUGAAUUAUCAUAUUAUACUUUUGAGUUUAUUUUUUAUUUUGGUUUGUUCAGUAAAAAGUUUAAAUGUGCAUUCUUAUAGUACAAUACUUAAUACAUUAUUGUUAUGAUUGAUAUUGAGUUGUAUAUAUUUAUCUGGAAAAUAAUUAUUUGUGAAGUGACUUUCUGUUUUCCAUUCAACCAGAUCUUGGUACCCUUUUUUCAUUUACAGAUAAAUAUAAUGUCUAAAUCACAAACACCUUUUUAUGUAUAAAUUUUAGACUUUAGAAACUGCUGUUAUUUUGUCUUCCUGCUUAAGUUACAUUACUGUUAAGGGUUGACACUUGAGCUAAGUAUUCCAAAAUAAUAUAAAUAAUAUUUUAUGAUGGGGGGGAAAUAAUAAUGCAAAAUUUUUAUUCCAAACAGGCUCUGAAAGAGUUGGCAAUGUAUUGUAAAUUUAAAGUACAACAAGCACUUUAUUCUUUAUUUUAUUAAAAGGAAUGUCUUA